CAAGUUCAUCUUUCUUUUUGUUUUUGGAAUUUGUACUUUGGAUUCACCUGUUUAUUUCCUGAUAGUUGUAGAUAUAAUUAUUGUGCAGUGAACUGUGAUAUAAUAACCAUCAAAAUGUGUUCAUUAACAAAAACAUUAACGUAUCUGAGAUAUAGUAACAGAAUUUUAGGAUUAUCUCCGAGAUUAUAUUCAUCAAAUACACCUCAAUAUGAAACUUUAGCUGUGUCAGUGCCGAAAAAAUAUGUAUAUCAUGUUGAAUUAAAUAGACCUAAAAACUUCAACACAUUCACACCUACAAUGUGGAAAGAGCUGGUCACUUGUUUCUCGGCGUUAAGUGAUAACCCAGAGUGUAGAGUUGUCAUACUAUCAGGGCAAGGAAAACAUUUUACUGGAGGUAUUGAUUUGAAUGGUUUUGUGGAGAGUGCUAGUAAGGCGCAUGAAUUGAGUGAUGUAGCGAGAAAGGCGAGAUUCUUGUACAAAAUGAUUGGACAAUAUCAGGAUGGUAUAACAGCAUUAGAAAACUGUGUGAAACCAGUACUUGCAGUUGUUCACAGCGCAUGCGUCGGAGCAGGAGUUGAUUUGAUUACAGCCGCAGAUGUUAGAUAUUGUACAGAGGAAGCUUGGUUCCAAGUCAAAGAAGUGGAUGUUGGCUUGGCCGCUGAUGUUGGUACUCUGCAGAGGUUACCAAAGGUCAUAGGCAGUACAUCCAUAGCCCGAGAACUUUGCUUCACAGCGAGGAAGUUGCCCGCUAAAGAGGCAUUGGAAAUUGGACUUGUUAGUAAAGUCUUUCCUGAUAGAGAUAGUGCAAUACAACAAGUGCUAGAAGUGGCACAGAUUAUCGCAUCAAAGAGUCCUGUAGCAGUACAAGUGACCAAACAAUCAUUGAUAUACUCACAAAGUAGACCUACUCCGGAAGGGUUGGAACAUAUUCGUGUAAUGAAUCAAACGAUGCUACAAAGUGACGACUUAACAAAGUCAGCGAUCAGUCAAGCAACAAAAACUGAAGCCGAGUUUGAUGAUUUGUAAUAUAUUGGAAAUUAAUCAAUUUUUUUAUAUUUUUAUAUAAUAUAAUUAUGUAAUCAAUAUACAAGUUUGUACAUGA